UGAACUUGUACGCAGACGCAACAAAGCCAAUGCAAUAUAUCCGUGUGUAAAAAUGUAACUCUCACGUAGAAAAAAAAAAAGAAAGAAAAUAUAUAGGGCUUAAUCAGUUAGUCGAUAGUCAAAUUGGCUUAGAGACACCGACCGAGGAUGGUCUGUUGUAGAAAAGUGAACUCCGCAUUGUUCGGUCGCUCAAUUUCACGCAGUGUCAUUUCAAAUAUUUUCAUUUCUAUAAUUUUUAUCAACAUCAAAAAAAUAACCCAGUGAAAAAAAAGAAAGUCUUAAAAAAAAAAUCCCCAAAUAUCAAGUGAUUUAUUUUAGUGUCAAAAAGAAAUUUUUUUUCAUGUAAAAAAAUACCUUCAUUGCGGGGGGUAAAAAGGGGGGUGGCGUCAAACUGGCGCCAAAGUCAGAGUUGAACGCCGGAUGGUCGGAGGAUUCGGAGCAAGGAACGUGGACUAAAGAAAUUCCUCACGAUGACCAGAUGAACUGCCGUCGUAUUGGUGAACGAUCCAGUCGUUCCCUCAUCUCGAUAACAAUUUUUUUUCACCUGAGGCAAAAAUACUUGUCUCUGGAAUUCGACUGAAGAAGACAAAUCUGUUAUCAAGAAAACUAGAGGGAAGAAGAUCUUUGCAGUAGAAUGUGCAGCUGAUCGGUAUGAGGAAACACUCUCUGAUUAUCCUAUGCUGUUAUCUGUACACCCUGUUUGACAUGGCUGCCUUGCACUUUCCUGAGAAAGUUUGUGAGGCCGUCCUUUCCACAGAGGUAGAAGAUUGGCAAGUUAAAGUCGAUAGUCUGUCGUCUCGUACAAUUCGACUUUCGGCGAGAAAACGCGGGUACCGGUUUUUUCCGAAGAUAGAAAGGGAGAUGGAGGUUGAAGAGUACGGACGAAAGGAAGUGUCCCUGUCGUUGCGAGAUAUUCUGCCCCUGAAUCCGAAGAAUUAUGACAAACACAGGGCUCCAAAGUUUCUGGGACAACCAACCAUGGUUUACUUUCACGUCACUGUCCUCAGCAUUGACUCAAUUAACGAGGAGUCCAUGACUUAUGUAGCGGACAUUUUUUUGGCCCAAAGUUGGCGCGACUCUAGAUUAAGGUUACCGGAGAAUAUGUCAGAGGAGUAUAGAAUAUUGGAUGUGGAUUGGUUGCACAAUAUUUGGAGGCCCGAUUGCUUCUUCAAGAACGCAAAAAAGGUCACCUUCCACGAAAUGUCGAUACCGAACCACUAUCUGUGGCUCUAUCACGAUAAGACUUUACUUUACAUGUCCAAAUUAACUCUAGUCCUCUCGUGCGCAAUGAAAUUUGAAUCUUAUCCACAUGACACUCAGAUUUGCUCAAUGAUGAUAGAAAGUCUGUCACAUACUACACAUGAUUUGGUUUUCAUGUGGAAUAUGACGGAUCCUUUGGUGGUCAAUCCGGAAAUAGAAUUGCCACAGCUUGACAUUGCCAACAACUAUACAACCGACUGUACGAUAGAAUAUUCAACUGGAAAUUUCACUUGCAUACAGAUCGUUUUCACUCUUCGUCGGAGACUCGGAUAUCAUUUAUUUCAUACUUACAUACCCUCAGCUCUCAUUGUCGUCAUGUCCUGGAUUGCAUUCUGGAUUAAACCGGAAGCUAUUCCGGCCCGAGUCACUUUAGGAGUCACAUCUCUUCUAACCCUUGCAACACAAAAUACACAGUCGCAGCAAUCACUGCCUCCAGUUUCUUAUGUAAAAGCAAUAGAUAUUUGGAUGUCAUCCUGCAGCGUUUUUGUCUUCCUCUCACUUAUGGAAUUUGCUGUGGUAAAUAAUUACAUGGGACCUGUAGCAACAAAAGCCAUGAAGGGCUACUCGGAUGAAGAUUUAAGAGAAGCCAUCGAUGAAUUUAAGACACCAAUGAGGCCGGAUUCGGAAAGAAGUAGAAGUCCAAUGCGACCUCCAACAGUUCAAUACGACACAUGUUGUGAAGGUCGAGCGACAGCAAUUUACAUCGAUAAAGUAUCAAGAUUCUUCUUUCCAUUCUCAUUUUUCAUUCUCAACAUUCUCUAUUGGAGCACUUUUUUGUAAUCCAGUCUCAAGAUUUCAUAAAAAAAUAUUUUACUAAGCGAUAUAUUAUUUUUAAUUUUAACAAUAGUCUUCUGCGUCGAAUUACAUUAAUUUAUUAAAAAAAAAAAAAAAAUUAUAAAUACUACUCUCUAUAUAUAAUAAUAAUAAAAAUUUUAAUUAUAAUAAUAAUUGCGAGAGUCAUGUGUAACAUUAUCAUAAUUUGUAGCCGUACCUAUAAAUAUCUGUAAUACGACUAAAUUAUUCGCAAAAAAAAACAGAAAACAAUUCCUUACUGCUAAAUAAAUAAAAAUAUUAGUAGAUUUAUUCUUUUAAUUAAGAAAAAAACACGAAGGAUUUUU